AUGGCUGGAACAAACAAGCGCAAGCGCAGAGAAGCCGAAUGCUCAGAUGAUGAGGAUCCAGUCGGACAUCCUUCCGAUAAUACGAAUGGCUUUGGAGUAGCCCAAACUCUAUCACUUCUUCACGGCGCAAAAUCACAAGCGGCAGACAACAGCGGGAUAGCUACUGCAGGUUCUGAUGCGACACCUACAGAAGAAGCCCAUGAUCAGACGAAAGACGGUGUAUCGGUGCAAAGACCCACGAAAAAGAAGAGAGUUGACGGCGAAAAGACAAAAUAUCCUGUGCUUAUCUAUGUGGAAGGUCGACUGCAAUCCUCCAUCCGCAUCGCGGAUCUCCAAAAUCUAUUACUUUACUGUUUCGCGGAUGGCAUCGCACCUCAGUGGAUCUCCAUCAAGCAUUCGGGUCAUAUUAGAAAAAUUGUCGUGUUGAUGAUUCCCGGUCUGGAAAUGGGGAUGUUUGACGGGACCCUUCCAUUGAAACCGCAACCUGAAGAUGAGGAUGCUCGAUCGACUCAAGCUCCAGAUGCAGAGCAGAAAGACUCCGAUGCUAACAAGACGGCCGAAGGGGAUGAGGACAAGGCCAACUUCCUUCGCUGGAAACAAGGCCUUCCGCUGGAAGAUCGAUCGCACCGAUUCAACCCCCGUCCUUUAACACGAGUCAAUCUCCCGGAACCAUUACAACCACUAGCGGACAUGUUUCCACAUAUCUGGCCCGUAAGGGCCCCUGGAGACUCAAAGUACAACAAGGUUCAUUCUCCUCUUCAAGCCAUCUUACUUUCUUCCUUACCGAAGAACAAAGAAAGUGGGGGCAAGGGCCCUAAACCGCCUAAGGUAGACAAAAGCUACGUCCCUAAGCGUACGCCUAUCACGGCAUUCAUUAGCAGUGUUGACGAUCUGCGCGAAAAUGAUUAUGUCCUUCAUCCGGCGCUCUUGUCAACUGAAAAGGAGAAGUUGGCGUUGGCGGAAAAUCGCAAAAGAGCUGGCCAGUCGACCGAGGAUGGUUGGGUCGAUACACAUGUUCCGAGCUGGGAAGCGGGGCAAGUUCCUGAGCAUGAGAUUCAGCAAGGCAGUGUAACUGCCGGUCGCGAUGUACUGGCUCUGGAUUGUGAGAUGUGCAUCACAGAAGGUGGUAAAUCAGAACUUACACGUAUCAGCUUGGUACGGUGGGAUGGCGAAGUGGUGUUGGAUGAGCUUGUGAAGCCACAGUUGCCCAUCAUCGACUACCUGACCCGCUUUUCAGGAAUCACGAAAGAAAAAUUGGAUUCUGUCACUACCACUCUCGCCGACAUUCAGCAAAAGCUACUCACUAUUCUCACUCCGCGCACGGUGCUGGUGGGCCACUCGCUCAAUUCCGAUCUGAACGCCCUCAAGCUUACCCACCCCUUUAUUGUUGACACCGCGAUCAUCUAUCCGCACCCUCGCGGACCACCACUCAAAUGCAGCCUGAAAUGGCUCACUCAGAAAUACCUCGGGAAAGAAAUCCAAAAAGGCCAAACCGGCCACGACUCCGUGGAGGACGCACGUGCCGUGCUAGAGCUAGUGAAGCAAAAAUGCGAAAAGGGCGAGCGAUGGGGCACAAGCGACGCCUCGAACGAAAGCAUCUUCCGGCGCCUUGGCCGUUCCCCGCGCCCAGGGAAAGCGACCACUUCUGGCGAAGGCCGUACGGGAGCUGUCGUGGACUGGGGCAACCCCGAGCGCGGAUUUGGGUCGCAGGCGACCGUCGCGAUUGGGUGUCAGAAUGACGACGAAGUUGUCCAGGGCGUCUCCGCCGUCGUAAAAGGCGAUCCCAGUAACCCAUCUAUUCCGGGCGGCGGAGUGGAUUUCACCUGGGCCCGAAUGCGAGAACUCGAGGUUCUGCGCGGGUGGUGCAAUCGUCUUCCCGACCCGAACAAUGCCAACGAGUCGACGACAUUGAUCCCUCCUCCCGAAGAAACCACCCCGACGGGUUCGGGCAUGGUCGAGCCUACUGCUGCUGCUCAGAAAGCCCUGGCAGAUACAGUAGCCCGCACAGUUGCCAACAUCCAACGCAUCUACGAAUCCCUUCCACCUUGUACCCUGUUCAUGGUAUAUUCGGGCACCGGGGACCCGCGAGAAGUCAGCCGCCUACAGGCUAUGCACAAAACUUUCCGGGAGGAGUUCAAUUCGCGCAAACCAUGGGAUGAGUUGACUGUGAAAUGGACGGAUGCGGAGGAACAGGCGUUGAAGAAGGCCUGCGAAAGGGCCAGGGAGGGCUGUGGGUUUAUGUGUGUUAAAUAG